GUGGGAACCCUCGGAGGUUCCAGUUUGCCAAAGGGAAGCAGUUUGACAUUUGGCGUGGGGAAGCCUUGGGAAGCUGUCCUGUGCUGCGGGUGGGGGUUGGCUGAAUGGUAAGGGGGCGUUGUGCGUGUGCGUAGAGACCUUUUUUCUACCCCCUUGGAGAAACUUUAGCGAUGGAGCAGUAUUAAUAGAUAGGCUUUGCCGUGAAAUAGGCAAAGGAGUAGAUAAACUUUGAGAUGACCUAAAUGGGGAGAAUAGGUAAGCUUUGGGGUGGUUUGGUAGGGGCUGAAUUUAAGGGAGAGGUUGCUUAGAAGGUCAAAGCUCUGACUUCGGAAUAGGGUUUGGGUGAAUUGUGGAACUGCUUAAAGACCUGAAAUUUAGGUUACAAAAAAUUAGGACUUGUGAUUUGGUGUUGGGAAGGGGUAUGUAGGGCAAGUUUGGGGUGGCCAGGUGUCAGAGCAGUGUAUGUCCCAGGGUAGGGCUGGGAUAACUGGGCGGAAUGAGGACUGUGGGAGAGUUGUGGUGGGAUGGGGUCAGGGGCCCCCUGAAGUUCAGAGGGCUCUUGGUGGGUGAGCCAGCCCCUCAUGGGUUCUUUGUGCCUCUCCAGCCCGGUAGUGUGGCAGGCAAGGCAGGGGCCAUGGCCCUGAUCGAAGGGGUAGGUGAUGAGGUGACCAUCCUUUUCUCGGUGCUUGCCUGCCUUCUGGUGCUGGCUCUGGCCUGGGUCUCAACGCACACUGCCGAGGGCGCCGAUCCACUGCCCCAGCCGUCAGGGACCCCAACACCAACGCAGCCCAGCGAAGCCAUGGCGGUCAUGGACAGCAUCAGAGGGGAGGCCCCAGGAGCUGAGACCCCCGGCCUGAGACACCGAGGUCAGGCGGCACCACCAGAACCUGGCGUGGGGCUCGCAGCAACGCCGCCACCUCCAGACUCCCCCCAGGAGCCCCUCGUACUUCGGCUGAAAUUCCUCAACGAUUCUGAGCAGGUGGCCAGAGCCUGGCCCCACGACACCAUUGGCUCCCUGAAAAGGACCCAGUUUCCCGGCCGGGAACAGCACGUGCGACUCAUCUACCAAGGGCAGCUACUAGGAGACGACACCCAGACCCUGGGCAGCCUUCACCUCCCUCCCAACUGUGUCCUCCACUGCCACGUGUCCACACGGGUGGGUCCCCCCCUCCCGCCCUGCCCACCGGGGUCCGAGCCAGGCCCCUCAGGGCUGGAAGUAGGCAGCCUGCUGCUGCCCCUGCUCCUUCUGCUGCUGCUUCUGCUAUGGUACUGCCAGAUCCAGUACCGGCCCUUCUUUCCCCUGACCGCCACUCUGGGUCUGGCCGGCUUCACCCUGCUCCUCAGCCUCCUGGCCUUUGCCAUGUACCGCCCGUAGUGCCUCCACGGGCUCUUGGCCACGCCACCGGCCUCUCGGGACCUUGCUCGCCACGACAAGGUGGGAGCUGCUGUCUGCCCAGGCCCGCCUCUCCGACCUGCCUCUUCCCACUACCCUGGAGCCCAGCGCUGCGCGGGAGAGCACUCCGAGGGGCGGCGGAAGCCCCUCCCUGUGACCUUCAUGGCUCUGGGCCACCUCCCGGGGCAGCUGGCCCUCAGCGCCCCCUGACAGUGGGCUACCCCGAGUCAGACAGCUGCUGUCGUUGCCUUGGCCCUGGACAGAGUGGGGCCACGCCCCUGGGCCCUUAGGGCUCAGCCUGAGGACCUGGGCACCUCUUAGUCCCGGAUCGCUCGUUGGCUGGUUUGGGGGCCCGAGGACUGGGAAGGGCUGGAGAAGGGGAGUCGGGAUGGGUGGAGGGGGCUUUCUGGAACACGUGCAGAUUAAAUAACUGUGAAGUUUUCA